UCAGGAACAAAUGAAACCUUUAAGAGAAAAGCAAGAGGAGGAAAGAUCAAAGGUGGAUGAUCUGAGGGGGACCCCAAUGUCGGUGAGGACCUUAGAAGAGAUCUUCGAUGACAAUCACGCCAUCGUGUCUACGUCUGUGGGCUCAGAACACUAUGUCUGCAUUCUUUCCUUGGUGGACAAGGAUCUGCUGGGACCAGGCUGCUCCGUCCUGCUCAACCACAAGGUGCAUGAUGUGAUAGGGGUGCUGAUGGAUGACACGGACCCCUUGGUCACGGUGGUGAAGGUGGAAAAGGCCUCACAGGAGACCUCUGCCAACACGGUGGGGGAAGAUGGGGUUCCCCCGCCAGAUGAAAAGACCAAGGAGUUCAUCUUCCAGGUCCACACAAGCAGAAGGACGCUGGCUGAUGACGGGACACUGGACGACUUGGUCACGGCUAAGGGUGACCUCGCUGGUGCCGACAUCAAGGCAAUCUGCACAGGAGCUGGUCUGAGGGCUUGA